AUGCGUCCGAACCUGCUUAAGCGGGCGCAAAGCUCCACCAAUCGCCAAGGGCCCCUCAGCCAUUUACUGCAUUCCAGAGCCAAUUCGCCACAUCCCCAGGCCGACACUGUUUCAGGGCUGAAGGCCAUCGAAGAGGAGACCUUGCCCAAGUACAAUGCCGACAGCUUCUAUCCUGCACGUCUCGGGGAGGUGUUGAACGAUCGCUACAAAGUCGUCUUGAAAUUGGGUUUUGGCAUGACCGCCACAGUCUGGCUCGCGCAAGAUAUCCGAGCGAAUGCAAAGGCUGGACAACCGACCUACGUAACUGUCAAAAUCAACGUCAAUACUCUCACCAACGACUUCCUGAGUGGUCGCCGGGAAAUCGCGGAGAGGCUCCAAACUGCGAAUCCUAACCACCCUGGUUACAAGCAUGUCCGUUUCAUGCUCGACACCUUCAGGAUUAAAAGCAAACAUGGUGAGCACCUGUGUAUCGUGUACGACGUUCUGCGCGAACCUAUCGACUUGUGCAUGGAGAAGUUCCCCGGACGACGAUUCAACUCUGAGAAACUUCGGAAGCUUUUACCGGCUCUUCUUCUAGGUCUCGACUAUAUGCACAGCGAAUGUCGAGUCGUGCAUACAGAUCUCAAAGCGGACAACAUCAUGAUGGGGCUGGGUGAUCCAUCCGUGCUCGAACGCUUUGUGCAGCGUGAGCUUGAGCAUCCCUCGCCGCGCAAGAUGCCUGACAACCACGGCCGGAUCAUCUAUACGUCCUGCAGUGAUUUUGGCGAAGCCCCUUCGGAUGCCGUCAUCGAGUCCGCCAAGAUCACCGACAUUGGCCUUGCUCAAUGGGGAGACGUCAGAAACACCAAACCCAUACAAUCCAACGCUUUCAUGGCUCCCGAGGUCAUCUUGCAGUGUGGUUGGUCGUAUCCUGCCGAUAUCUGGAAUCUGGGGGUGAUGCUUUGGGACCUAUUUGAAAAUUUCGGCUUGUUUGACGGCAUCGACACGCGACCCGGGCAUUAUCGCCCGGAACAACACCUGGGCCUUAUGAUCUCCCUACUCGGGCCACCACCAAAGGAAUUCCUGAAGCGUGGUGCCAAAACGACGAGUUACUUCGAUGCACAAGGCCAACUCAAGAACGCCGAGUGUCUAUCUGAAGACCUCACUUUUGAAUCUUCCAUUUCGCGGCUCAGGGGAGAAGAAAAGGAAUUGUUCAUUGAUUUCGCGAAGAAAAUGCUCAAAUGGGUACCGGAAGAAAGGUGGACAGCGGAGCAACUGCUUGAGCACCCUUACUUGACCAAAGAGCGAGAAUAUAUCCCCACCCCAGCCCUAAGCCGUACAUCAACAGAGACAUUCGGUUCCAUCCUACCUUCACGCACUGGAACGCCAGGACCUACUUCGAGCCCGCUCUCCGCCUCCCUCCAUCUGCCCAAGGAUGUCGAGAAGUCAGCUUCUCGCAACUCUCCAACUGAAUCGACGGAUACGUCGCUUGAAAAUACCACUUCGGUACCGAGCACAUACAACACAACAACGCUGCCGUAUCAACUCAAGAAGAGAGAUACAUCAUUAAGCGAAAGUUCGAAACCCCCGGUUCCACAGUCCAACAAGUGUUCUCAGGAACUCAUCGACUCGAUCCUUAACAGAGGAAAGGCGAAUGCAAACAAGGCUGCGGAAACGAAAUGA